UUCAAAAGGGAUGAGUGAGUACGGUCUAGGGGAUAAGCAUGAUAGGAUAGAAUCCCAAAAUUUCCAAACACAAAACACACCCAAACCGUCAGAAAAAAUGGCUUCAAUCUCCUCCACCUUCCCGGCCCUUCACUCCAUUUCUCGCCUUGCAUUUCCCAAUCCAUCCCCAAUUCCCAGGCCUUCCUUCUCUCUUCCCUCCUCCACUAACUUCACUCUCGCCGCCGCCUCCUCCUUCAGCCAUUCGCCGGUUCAUGGCCGGAGCCGGGGACGCGGCCUGAAACAACCCAAGGCAGUUGAAGAGGAUGCCUCUAUUCCUGAGCAAGGAGUUGAAGGCGAACCGCCGUCUCCUUCUCCAUCUGACUCGCCGGCAGUCACCGUGCCCGUCUCUCCCUCUGAUAUUCUCACCAUGUUCUUUCAGGCAGAGGGGACACUAAAUGAAUCAGCUAUUCCUGCUGUAACUGAGGCUUUGGAGCAAACUGAGGGUAUCACUGGGUUGAAAGUUCAAGUCGUUGAGGGCAUUGCAUCAGUUGCGCUUACAAAACAAACAACAAUACAAUCUACAGGAGUGGCCUCGAGUUUGAUCGAGACCAUUCAAGGUGCAGGUUUUAAGUUACAAACGUUGAAUUUGAGUUUUGAGGACAAGGAAGAAGCUUUUGUUUAGGUACUCUUGAUUAUGAAGUGUUAGAAUUGGAGAGGGAAAGAGAGAUAAGAGAGGGAAGCUUAAUUAAGAGCUCCAUUGAUCAUGUCAUGGAAGAUUGGACUGUGCAGAUGAUGAUAACCUAGCAGGUUUGAUGAGAUUAUUUUUUGCCGUUGCUUGAUUUUUGUGUAUGAACUCGGGUUGAGGUUUUUUUAAUCUUUAGAUCAUUAGGAUAGAGAUAUGGAAUGUCAUUAAACCAAAAGGCCAUUUGCUUUUGAAACCAAUCCUUUUCUUGCAUAGAGCAUUAUAAGUUUGGAUGAAAACUUCAAACAUUAUAAGUCUUCCUGAUUGCAUAGUUCA